AUGCCCGCCAUUGAAUCUAACUGGGCUUCUGGCGCUAGCGCCACGCCUCACACCUGGUCUCGCCUAAACAACCCAGGUACCUUGCCUACGUACCGCCAGAUUCAGAUUCGCCCAUCCUUCCAUUUCAUCCACUCUUGCGGGCUUCCUCAAUCUUCAAUCUUUCCUCUCAUCUCGAACCGACGACUGCAAAAUCGCUUCACCCUCGCCCUCGACGACGCCCUCGGAAGACGCCCGCGCAAACGCCUGAUCGUCGAAAUCCUCCGCAACGAACUGAUCUCAAUCACGCCGCCCACAGCGGCACUUCGCGGCAUCGGCAUGGUCACCAAGGAGUACCUCGACUCGGACAGAGUCAACUUCCUCGUUUGGAGGUAUCUCUUGGAAGGCAACUACCGAGAAACCGCAGCUAAAUUCCAAAAGGAAUGGCACAUUCAGCAACCUCAUCGCCAUUUUGAUUUCGCAAAUCACGUCAAGAGCCAUGCACUGGUGUCAAUCAUCAACAAGGGCCUCUGCUAUCAUGCCCUUGAGAGAGAGCACGCGAAGAAACUGGUGCCUCCAGAUGCUGCGGCUGCGGCCGAAGCACUGCAGGUGGGGUUGUUUGGGCCAUUGAUUGCCCAACCGCCUCAGAAGAUCGAAGAGGAUGAAGACGCCGAUGGCGAGGUGGACGACACAGAGAUGGAGGUCGAAAACACUCGGAAACGCCAGUUUGACAGCCGGCCACAGCAGCACAUGGUGAAUGGCGGCUCACCCAGCAAGCGGCCCAGGCUCAGCAAUGGGUACGAAAGCACGAAUGGGGCGGAUGCAGCCACGGACCCCAUGGAGCUAGACAGCCACGGCGACAACAACCACGCCUAUCCGUCGCCCCUUGAGGGCGAACAAGCUCCAACGCCCACGCCGAGGACAGACGGUCCCGAGCAGGGCACGCAGGUCGACAAAGUCGAGGAGCUCGCUACUGAAACCACCUUUUUGCGACUGAUGCCCGAUGAGAGCAGCGACAGCCGCCACAACUCCGACACAGGUGCCACGAACAACAAUCACGACGGCGGCGCCCCGUCGACAACUGCGACUGCUGCUGCUGCAAGUGCAGGCGGCCCCGGAGCUUCGCCCUCGCCAGCCAACGGCGAAAACGCACCCAUCCUAUUGCGCUGCGAGUGGAACCCCAAGGACCCAUCCAUCUUGGCGGCUGCUGGAACCGAUGCACUAGCCCGCAUUUGGACCCUCUCACGUUCAAGCACAAUGACGCCCGCUCCAGCGACCGAGCCCGACGGUCACGUGGUUGAAAUCCACCGCCCGUUUCACAGUCUCAUCGACGACGAGACGCCCAAGACGGCAACGGUAGGCCAGCUCGCCUGGAACUGGGGAGGUACGGCUAUUGCCAUCGCGACCGAGCAUGGCGACAAAGCAUCGGUCCACAUCUGGGCAAAGGACGGUUCUCAUAUCGACAAAUUUGACGUCUCGGACCCCCCCGUCAUCAAGCUCCGUUGGAGCCCGAGCGAUGCAGCGCUCCUGGCCAUUGCACCCGACAACAGCAACGGCAAUGGAAACGGCGGCGCCCUCGUCACUGUCUAUCAUUCCCUCACCUCCAACACUCUAUCCUAUUUCCUGCCGAAUCACGACUUGCUCAAUUGGCCGCUGGACGCUGCAUGGACGAGCGAAACCGAGUUCCUCUUGACAGGCGGCGACGUGAUGCUCUCAUUGCAAUGCACCGAGACGUCGAUCGUGCCGAACAAGAAACUCGAGAGCCGGGAGGACGACACAUUUACCCAGGUGGUCUACGACUGGCGCUCAAAACUUGCCGCCACCGCGAGCGACAAGGGUAUCCUGGAUCUCUGGGACGAAAAUGGCCAGCGGUUGUCGAUAACGGCCCAUUCCGGCGCCAUUACUGCCGUGCAGUGGCAGCCUCUUCCCGAGGACUCCCAUAUUCCGGAAGACGAGCGGUUGAUCGCAUCCGGAGGAGAUGAUUGCGCCAUCAUCAUAUCCAAUGCCAAGGACCCGGAGCCAGGGAAAGCCAAGUCUAUCUUGACAAUGGAGUCGCCAAUCGUAUCCAUCGCCUUCACCCCUGACGGUGCCUUCAUAGCUGGAGCUACGGCCGGUCGCAUUCUUAUCUGGAAGGUCGGAGAGCACACGAUGCCCAGGGCUAGCUGGAGUAGAGCACCACAUCCGGGCUGGCUUAGUCCAAAGGCCAGUUCGGAGCCGGAGGAGGAAGACGAGCAUUGCUUGUGCUGGGAUGCAGACGGGCAAAGACUCGCAUACGGAGCCAACAGCAGGUUGGCCGUCAUCAACUUCCGCCGGUAAACAGACUACGGAAGAUAGAGUGCUCUUCGCACUCAUCAGUAUCGCACAAGACAUUCCAAUAUGGUGUUGGAGACCAGAUAUCAUCGGUUCAUCGGUACCGAACCGCCAUUAUUCAAGGCAGGCUCCGUCUUCCUGCUCGGCACAUGGAGCCGGGUGGCACAGGACAGGUCGUGCUGCUCUUUUCUCCAUCAAAAUCAUCUGCAGUUUUUGGCGUCGCGGCGGUGUUGUUUGUUGGGGUUGCCAGACGGCCCUCAUUGGCGGGCUUAUUGGAGGAGCUGGCUGCCAUCUUGCAUACGCAUAUUGUCGUCAUCUCGCACAAUUGAGCUUCUGGGAAGACGGAAUGGAGUCGGCGCUGGUUUAGAGUCCGCUACGGUAGACGAUUCGGUCGAUCGAUUGCGUCUUUUCGGUCGAAUUCUUUGUUAUUUCGACGGGUUUCGUGUCUGGGAGCAGGAGAGGAGAGGGAUACUUUACUCGGCCCUCGCAGGGUCAGCGCGCUGUAUACUAUGCCUGUAUAUACCAACCGAUAUGGAAAAGAGAAAAGCAAAUCACGUUAAUUGACGUUAGUUUUCUUUUUUCUCGAAGAAGGGAUUCGACCGUAACUGGGGUAUGUUGUGGCAACGAAGUGAGUGGUGUCUGAAUGAAUUGAUUCACCCGCCACACAUGCUGGCAGGCUUGGAGCGCCAGUCUGGCGCCAGCCACUAGUAUAUCAUAGAAAGACCCGACCGAACAUACGGAGCCGCAAACCGAUUGGUUUUGGGGUGUUUUCAGGCUACAAGG